AUGCUUGAGGAUCAACCACAAGAAAAUAACAUUAAGCCAUCGUUUUUUUCUAGACCACCCCAAUAUCCCCUGGAAGUCAAUUCCGUCUAUCGUCCCAAAUUUUCCAAUCUCAUGACCGACAAACCAUUUACAAAGCCAUUUUACGCCCGUGAUGAUAGGCGAUCUGUAGAAAAGAUAAGUGUUGCAACCAAAGAUGGUGAUUCUAUACCAAUGGCAGGGACAUGCAACGCUACUGAACAGAAAUUAUCAUCUUCCAUUGGAUGCGAUGCAAAAUUUCCAUCUUUCACCUCAAGUGGUGGAUCAAGAUGCAGUGGUGGUGACAACUCUCUUGAUGGGGAUGUGGGUAUUGACGUGUCAGUCGAUCUUCAGCCAUCUGAGUGUGCUCGAGGACCCAUAGAUAGUCAACCGAUACUUAUAAGUGAAAACGCGAAGACACCCGACUAUCUUGAUCAAAAGUUUGUCCCCCUAAUAGAAACUGAUAAGUUGAGUGAACCUGACAUGCAUCCAUCGAAUGAUCCUACAACUUCCCAAGCUGCUGAGUCCAACGAUUUGUGCGUGACUAAUAAUGUCACUCUAUCGAUAAUGGAAUUGCCGUCCUCUGUCUACGUUCCACCUUCUUAUACGAUUCCACCGGUUAUACUUUCUAAUAAUGUGGCUGCAUUUUCAUCCAGUUCUGUCGAAUCUCUCGUGACUCCGAUGCUUACGCCACAGGUGUUUCUCCAAGGACAACAACAACAGCAUCCUAGAAAACAGUUUCCGACAUCCAAGAAUAAAAACCCUAACAGUAUACCGCCCGUUUUUCAAGAAAACGGAUUGUAUGGGGUGAGUCUGCCGCAGAACGGCGCUAGCAAGGAAUACUAUGUGAUGGUUCAUGUCGAGGCAGGAGCAACCUUUUCCAUUCGAACUGGAGACCAAGAGCAGCAGAUACCUGGUAAUUUUCUAUAG